UUUCAAAACGAGGCAUAAUUUUGAAAGCUACCGAAAAUCAAUUUCAGAUUUCAGUUUUCUAUUUUCUUUUUCACGCUCGCUCUCGCCCUCUGAACUCUUGUUCUCUUGCUCUCACGCUCAGUCUCGCUUUCUCAACCCUCUCUCUCUCAACUCUCGAUCUGCCUCUUCUCUCUUCCUCUGGACUUUCAUCAAAGAAUUUACCAGUUCAAAUGGCAAGAAAAAGAGCUAAGAAAACUGUAAAACAAGUUGCCUUGUCACCAGGGACCGAUUUCAAUGUUGCAGAGGCAAAGGAGCCCCAGAAUGUGAAACAAGAAGCUCAAUUCACAGACCCAGAUGUUGAGCGGCAAAUUUCUGCCAUUAGGGCUAUUCGUGAUGUUGAGACUGAACAUCUCCUGACUAAUUUGCGUUUGCUUCGCUCCUACUUCAACAAGGAACAGCAGCGAACCCCUCUAUUGCAAUAUUUUAAAGAGAACUUUCAAAACCUGUCGAAUGGAAGAAAUGGAGAAAAUGGACAAAUGGAAGUGCAAUGGAUUGAUAAAGAUGGCAAUGUAUCCAUGAAUGAUGGAAUGGAUUUACAUGAGACUCUUCUUCGCCGGUUGUCCAUUGCUUAUUCUGGUUGUUCAGCUGCAAUUCCAUCUCUUGGUGGCUUUGAGUUUUCUAGUAAAGCAGAUAAAACAAGCCUUCUGGGUGCUGAUAAUCUGCAGAUGAGCGACUUUGGUUUAGAGGAGCCAUUUGAUAGUCUGAUGCUAGGGAGGCAAGAUACUCUCCAAACUCCUGGGGUGAGUAGCCAGAGGCUGUCUAUUGGGAUGACACCCAAGACACGAAGGCUCCCGAAGCCUGGGGAGAUGCUCUUAUCUGUCCAUGGCUCACCCCUUGGUGUUUACAAGGAAGACAACAUGGAAGCCAUACAUG